CCCCGCCGCGGCAGACCUCGCCUGAUGGGGACGGUUCGGUGUUGAUGGGGAACGAGAAGGAAUGAAAUGCUAAUGGUUGCAAAAACAGCCUAACAGAUAAUCAAUGAUGAAGACAUCUCAAUCCGAAUCACUUCCUUCAAAACUGAUGCAUCGUCAGGUCCAGGGGCAUUUCCCCAAAAGAUCGAAGAUCCCAGCUUCGCUGUUCACAAAGUUUCCUGGCAGACUUGCAUUCUGUCUGAAGGAUAUUGUUCCAUCGCCCUCAGUAUUGAGCAAUCACAUUUUCCUGGGAUUCUCCAAAUGUGGUCAGUUUGUUAUUUCUUAUACUCAGAGCACCGAGUUCGAUGAGACGUCCAUGAUCUACAUGCAAUUCAGGUACCGGCUGCACUGGUGGAUCUUUGUGCCGCACCAGAAGCUGCGCAAGGCGGCCGAGGUGACGCUGUUCGGUGAGCAGACGGUGGAGAGCCGCCUGUUCCUGGCCGUCUGCUACUGGCCUGAGGAGGACCACCGCGUGGUGGUGUACGGCUGCAGCGAUCGAUCCGAGGACAGCGUGCAGGGCUCGCGCUGCUACCUGACCAUCACCGCCGUGCCCUCGCUGGACGCCUGUCUCGACUGUGUCCGUGUAGCCGAAUCAUACGGCGAGGACGAGCUGGCCGAGAGCUGGGACUCGUGCGUGCGCUUCAGCUGUCUCCGGCACGGCGCCACUGUGCACACGAGCUUCGAGCUGGUGCCACCGUUCCCCGUGUUCCUGCCGCGGCUGAGUCUGCGCCGACGCGGCGCAGUGGUCAUCAACACGGGCAACUUCCUGCACGUGGUGACGGCGCAGGUGGCGGCUCCGCGGCCGGAGCCGCCGCCGGCCGACGACGCCAGUUGCGCCGGCAGUGACCAGCUCUCGCUCAGCAGUCUGGAGGUGGACGUGGCUGAGGAGCCGGGGCCGGCGCCGGCGGCGGCGCGCGGCGGCCUGCCUGCCGUCCGGCAGGCCAACAUCAACGCCGACGAGUACGAGUUCUCCGAGGACGGCUCGGAAACGCACCGCGAGAACUUCACCGUUUUUCGCAAGAAGCGGUUGGCCGACAAGAAGUACGAGUUUUCAGACGAGAACUCUGAGAACGUGCCGCGCUUCUUCGCGGCGCGGCCGUCGGUGAGCGGCGAGGGCCCGUGCCUUGUGCCUGUCAGUGACGCGCUACUAAGUCCGGCCGGCGGCAUCAACUCCAAGCGCCGCUUGCUGACGGAGGAGGCGGCUGCUGCCGCCGCCGCUGAGGAGCGCCGCUCGGUGGACGGUGACGCCGUGCUGCGUGCCAUCAACUGUAACACCGAGCCGGAGUUGUUCUUCAGCAGCGCGGCGGCCGAGAGCGACUGCGAGUCGGAGGCGUCGCUGCUGACGGCCAGUCCGCGGCCGGCCGAGCGCGUGCGGCCGGCUGUCGUGCCGCCGCCGCCUGCGCCCGGCGCCUGCUGCGUCCACCUGCGCCGACGCUACGUCGAGGUCGACGAUGAGCUCGUGUCCGUCAUCACCGACGUCGAAGAGGACGACCUGAGCCGGUCCACGGGGUACCACUACGCCUUGCCGCUGGAGGUGCACGGCUCCGGAUACUCCCAGAUGCACAUGGUCACCCAUUCGAAGGCGGAGAAGCUGGUGCUGCCCUGUGUGCUGGUCAGCCAGCUCAGCCUGGACGUCGAGCAGUUUUGCCACGAGAUAUCGCAGCGACUGUGCGCAGAGGCCGGCAAGAAGUACUGGUUCUGUAACGACUAUGACGUCGAGGUGGUGGAGGUGAAUCCGGACUCAGGUGACGUGGUGGCCGUGGCCGUGGUGCUGGUGCAGGCCGCCGUCAAGAUGAAGGGCCUCUCCAACGCCACCAGGCGGCCGCUGAGCUCGGUGCACCGGUACCAGUACCGGGCCUCGUUCACCUUCUCCUGGAACAUGGAGACGGGUCAGUACAGCAUGCUGACCUCGGACCGGCUGACGGAGGUGACGGACGCCCGGGACCUGCAGCCGGCCGGCGGCGGGCCGCGCUGGCAGCCGGCCCGCCUGCUGGCCACCGCUCUGCGGCACCCCAGCCCGCUGCCGCAGACCGCCUAUAACACCGUCAGGGUUAUGACCAACCAGCCGGCCCUCACCGGUACCUCACUGAAGACGAUCGUCGACCCGCACAACAUGUUGGCCCUGCUUCUGGCGCCGCAGAGGGCGGCCAGUGAGGAUCGGUGAUUGCGCUCCGGCUUGAUCUGGUCUGGUCUGGUCUGGUCUGGUCUGGUCUGGUCCGGUCCGGUCCGGUCUGUUCUCUGGUCCGGUCCGGUCUGGUUGGUCUGGUCUGGUCCGAUGCAGCCCGGUCCGGUUCAGUCCAGUUCGACCCGAUGUGCUCCGGUUCGCCACCGCCCCGCAGCGUCGGCACCCGGCGGCUCGUUCCUUCUCGUUUCGUUCUUCGCUCCAUGGGCUGUGACUCAUUCGGGGACCCUGCGCGCCGAACAAUACUCGUCCGCUCGGUGGGAGCGGUGUGUCCGAGCGUGCCGUGCGGUGGGCACAGCACCGGCAGCGCUGCAUGGCACCGGCUGACAUGUCCCAGUCGUCUGUCCUCCGCUGCAGCCAGGCCUCUGCUAGCACAGGACCGCUGCUAAGACAUCGAUGUUUGUCCGAGGUUUCAAGAACGGGUGUGGAAGCGCGUAAAACACGACGUAUAACCGUCGUAAACCAGGCGCAUGACCGAAAGAUCGCAAAAUCUCGUACUUGAACCGGACUUACUGGCGAUGCCUUGUUUGGAACAAUGUCAUCAGCGGCUGUGGCGGCUCACGUUUUCUCUGCGCGAAUGGUGCAACAGCGGGUCAAGCAUUGGGCCAGUGGUGGCGAUGGGCACUAUUACUCGUUUCUUACCGAAUUUCUGCGUGUGUUGGCGAUGGCCGCAGGCUCUUACAGCUCCGUAUGCUCGGUAAAUAUGAUCGAUUCGCUGUCGCGGUCGCCGCGACACUCACGCGUGUUCCAGCGUCAGUAUUGCGUGAAAUCGCACUGUCGCCGCAUUGGCCGACUGCGCUCGCGACUGGUGGUCGUAUUUUCAGCAGUGUGAUACGCAACAGACGCCGGCCAAGCCGCCAGCGUAGUGCGCCCCGCCGGCUCACAGCCGGUCAUGCUGGUCCCGACUGCUCGAGGAUGGCGGCUGUCGAUGUGACACCAGCUCAGAUCUGACCGUGAGGGCGAGAUCGAAGCGUUCCUCCGGACGACUGGCCCUCCCCGUGCCCAUAUUCCGUUAUAUUUGU